ACUUGGAUCUAUAGAUUUGGGGAAGGAAUCUAUGAUUUCCUCCAUUGUCUCUACCUCCAAGAGCGGUCAAUCGCCGAAAGAAAAUAUUAAGGUACUUUUCAAGGCUACUGAAGACAUGGCGAGCAACCCUUCCAGGCCCGAAACAGAGCAAUCGAAGACAAAAGAAACAGAGCAUUCCAACAUGAGCAAGGAAUUGUCGAAUGCUGAAGUAAGGAAUUUACCAAGAAAUCCCAUUGAGUGUGAUAAUGAAGAGAGAGUGCAGAAACUUGUUGCUGAAAAUGAGAUGCUUAAGCAUCUUAUGGAAGCACAGAGCCUCAAUAGCAGUCAAUAUUACCCUGGAGGAAGUGGUAAUCGAGGUGGCCACGGUUGA